UUGGUGUCCUGGGAGCGUUCUAAAGGAUCUCGGGGGGUACCACAGAGCCGAAAGUUUUACUAUUCAUGAGGGGGCGUGGCUCCCUCCCGCUGGGGCUCCUGGGAAGAUUCUAAAACCUUCCUGAGGGCCCGCGGCGAGCGCUCAGAGCGCGCGGCGCUGACCAGAGCCGAACCCCUGAUCCCGCGGAAAAGUCUGAGGAGAUCUUUUCUCCUUUAAACAAUAAGAAAUUUGAGGACGAUGGGGCAAAACGACUAAAUCUCCCUUUCCUGUGGUUCCUUAGCCGGGAAACUGUCAAAGUCUGUGGAUAAAUUCAUGAGAUUAAAAAAAAAUGGCAUCUAGAACAAAUACCAGUUUCGCAAGGAUUCCCAACCAGAAGUACAGACGUCAUAACCGUCGAUCCAGCUAUUUUUCCAGCAAACGCGAUUCAGAUUCUCAGCCCUCAUCAACGCUUGGAAGUUUUAAAGUCCUGCCAUUGGAAGUAUUCCAAAUAAUCUUAAACUAUUUGUCAGUGAGAGAUGUUGGCGUGCUAAGCAUGGUAUCCAAAACAGUUAGCCAGCUUAUUACCAGUUAUAUCGCAACCUCCUCGGGAAGCAAGAGACUUUUACCACAGGACUUUCAUAACCUUGAGCUGCUUGACAGGAGACAAGACUUCAUUAUUCUGGACUACUACAGAUCUCUAGGUGUGCUAUUUAAAAGGUGCACGUUGCUGCUACCCACCAAGGAAAGACUAAAGUGCAUCCACAGGAUACUCUCAGAAGUUUCCUGUUUUAAAUUCAAUGGUUGUGCAGCUCCCAUGCAGUGCUUAGGAUUAUCGUGUUAUGGCAUGAUUUUACAGACUUUGACAGCAGGGUGGGAUGAACGCGAAUGCCAGCGUGUUUAUAACUUCUUAUGUGAGUUGACCAACCUCUCUCGCAAGAUACAGAGUGUUGUCUGUAGCAAACCAGGAAGUGCCCGAAAGCUGGAGUUAAGGAUCAGAUUAUUCUGUAGAAAUGUCCUGCUUGAUCACUGGAUACAUCAAAGUGACUCUGUUUUCUGGCUGACACGAAUAUUAAAGCCAUGGCCAAUGGUGAAUCAGGCACGGUUACUGUAUAUCAUUUUCGGGCCAACCUCGCCUCAGGAUGGACUGGUGGCUUGGCAUACAAUGACAGAAGGCCCUACAGACGAACCCAGUCUGAAAGAUUUGGCUGAUGCUAUUAAAUUACUGUAUGACACAGGUACCAAAGAGUGGACAGCAGACGAUAUUAUCAGCCUUAUAGACGAACUGUCAGUGGUUCCCCGGGAGUGGUUGCUGGAGAACAAUGCGCACCUCCUGAUCCUCAGCGGGAACAACAUCUGCUUCACGUUCAUGGCCAGCAAGGCUGUGAACGGCCGGACCCUGGAGCUGGCGCGGCUCGUCGUCUUCCUGGCGCUGGUGAGUGGAAGCAAAGGUUUUCUGCUCGCCGCUUACAAUCCACCAAAUUGCAAGGCCGGGGUGCACCACUGCAGGGGAGACGGCCGGUGUGCAGGACGCCUGGGCUGUGUCCCAGCUUCAUGUCUGAGUCAAGGCCAGUACCAGGAAGUCUUGCGUUUAUUAGGACGACCGGAACAUCUUAUGUUCCUAACGCGCACGUGGGAACCGCUGACAUUCUCUUCUCCCGCUGUCUGUCCCUGUGCUGGCGUAGGAGGCCAUGAGGACGACAACAGAGGCUUCCCGAGCCUGUUCCACCUGGUGCAGGCGCAGGCCGGCUUCCACAAGGAGGUGCUGCGCGUGGCCCUGGAGGCGGCAGCUCCCUGACGGCUGCGGCCUCGGCCUCCCUGCUGGGGCUUCCCGGGAGGGGGAAACCCCAGCGGCCCACGAUGAGAUGGGGAGCGAGGAGCUGCGGCGGAGACGGUGAACCGUGGGCAACUGUCCUGGGCUGAGGUCGGGAGAGCGAGGGGACCGGGGCGUGCACGCUGGAGAACCAGGAAGCGGGAGGGCGCCCGCCUUUUGUUAUCCAGCCGUUGACCCUGCUGGUGGGAAGAAUUUUUUUUUUCUCCAGAGUUUAUCAUUUGCAGAUUUAUGCAAAAGCAAAGUUCUGGCUUUUCUCUUGGUUUCAUUUUCUUCUCAGUGGAAGAAUUCAUCCAUGGCGGGGCUGGAGGUACAGCCCUUUGGGUCACUGCCCUCAUACCUCAGCACCCCUCACUCCCCCGCGCUCCCUUCCCUCUUCUCCCCAUGGCCGCUUUGAAGAGCCUGCUACAUGUAUUUAUCAAAGCACUGGCAAUUACAGUUAUUGAUUAGAGGGAAAGGAAAAAUAAAGUUAAAAUGUUAAUAUAGUGACUAUUUUGAAGAUUUUACUAAAUAUAUAGAAAGAUCUUAGAGAAAGAAAAUUGGUAUUAGGAAGUUUCCUUAAAUUUGCCAAGUCUCUGAGACACUCAUUUUCAGCACUCAUUUUAUGGAGGAAGGGUGGCUUAACUUACUUUUUUUUUUUUUAAUUUAUUC